AUGGGGAACCAGACUGAUUGUGAAGAAUUCCACUUUGUGCUGUUUUCUGCUAAAUCAGAUUAUUCUGCGUUAACUGCCAGCGUGUUUUUCCUCCUCUACACAUUUGGAGUGUUCAUCAAUUCUAUUAUAAUUACAGUUAUAUAUAUAGAUUACCAGUUACACUCCCCCAUGUACCUAUUUCUCUGUAACCUGGCCUUAGUAGAUAUCUGUUAUACAACCACUACUGUCCCUAACCUGCUGUACAUGUUACUAUCUGGAGAUAAUACAGUGUCCUUCAUACAGUGCUUCACCCAGAUGUACUUUUAUGUAUUAGUUGCUUCCACAGAGGAUCUUCUCAUAUUUAUUAUGGCAUAUGACCGAUAUGUUGCUAUAUGUGAUCCUUUACACUAUCACUAUAUCUUAAAAAUGAAACACUGUCUCUUAUUUGCAACUGGUAACUGGAUAUCAGGAGGUUUAAACUCCUUUGUGUUUACAAUUCUAGUGUCACACAUGUCCUUCUGUCAUUCUCGCACCAUACACCAGUUUUUCUGUGAUCCUAAAGCUCUGAUUAACAUCUCCUGUGAUGGCGGUGAAAAGUUUUAUAUUGUAAUCUGUAUGGAAGCUUUGGUAUUUGGAGUCUUCCCAGUUAUGUUUAGUUUGAUAUCGUAUAUAAAAAUUAUCAGGGUCAUCUUGCAGAUAAAAUCUAAGGAUGGAAGAAAGAAAGCCUUCUCCACCUGCUCAUCCCACCUCACCAUUGUCAUUAUUUACUAUGCAACAGGUAUGUCAGCAUUUAUGAUGCCACCAUCAGAAACCUCUCAUUUCCUAGAACAGGUGUUUACAACACAGUACACAGUUGUUACACCCAUGAUAAACCCUAUAAUCUACAGUCUACGGAAUAAAGAGGUAAAAAGGGCUCUGCUGAGAAUACUAGGGCUAAAACAAAAUACUUAA